CAGAGCGCGGCGCCGGCGGGCGAUGGAGAGCCAGCGCUGCUUCGCCAACCGCUUCGAUGACUACCCGGGCAGCCCCGCGGCGGCGCCGGACAGGGAGGCGGCGGUGCCGCUGGUGACGGCCACCAUCGAGCGCAUCCUGCGGGAGCUGCCGCCCCUGGGCGGCCCCCGCGGGUGCCCGGGCGGGCUGUACGGCGGCGUGGCCGGCGUGGCCUACAUGCUGUACCACGUCGCGCAGUGCCCGCUGUUCGCCCCGUCGAGGGACUCGUACCUGCGGGCCGCCCGCCGCGUCGUGGACGCCUGCCUGCGGUACCAGGAGGGAUGCGGCGAGGCCGACGCCGACACCCGCGCCGCGUUCCUGCUGGGCGGCGCCGGGGUGUACGCGGUGGCAGCGCUGGUCUACCGAGCCCUGGGGCUGCCCGAGUUCGCCCGUCCGCUGGGCAAGUUCAGGGAGCUGAGCGAGGUCUGCGCGCCGCUCUCCUUCCUCGAGUGCGGCUCCGACGAGCUCUUCGUGGGCCGCGCCGGGUACCUGUGCGCCGCCCUGGUGCUGAAGCAGCGGCUGGGCAUGGAGGUGCUGACCCCAGCACAAAUAAAAUCAAUUUGCCUGGCCAUACUAGAAUCAGGAAAACAGUAUGCAGUGAAGAAGAGGAAACCAUUCCCACUCAUGUAUUCCUACUACGGAACGGAGUAUCUUGGUGCAGCUCAUGGACUUUCGUCAAUCCUUCAGAUGCUGCUCUCCUACUAUGAGUACCUGCAGCCAGCAGAUCAGGAGCUUGUGUGGCAGAGUGUGGAUUUCCUCAUGGACCAGGAACAGAACAGCAACUGGCCUCCUGAGCUGGGGGAGACGAUCGAGCGGGAGAAUGAGCUGGUGCACUGGUGUCAUGGAGCUCCAGGCAUUGCAUACCUGUUUGCCAAAGCUUACCUGGUUUCCAAGAAGCCUCAAUAUCUGGACACUUGCAUCCGCUGUGGAGAGCUGACUUGGCAGAAAGGCCUGUUGAAGAAGGGCCCUGGAAUAUGCCACGGAGUGGCUGGUAGUGCUUAUGUGUUCCUGCUGCUAUAUAGGCUCACUGGAAACUCAAAAUACAUAUACAGGGCACAAAGAUUUGCAGAGUUCUUAUUUACAGAGGAAUUCAAGGCUGGUUCCCGGGCACUAGAGAGUGUAUAUAGUCUGUAUGAAGGUUUUUCAGGAACUGUGUGUUUCCUGACUGACUUGCUGCAACCCAACCAAGCCGAGUUUCCUCUCUUCAGUGUCUUUGUCUAAAGACUGACACCCUCCAGGGCCACAUCCCGGUGGCAAUGGGGGAGGGCACCUGCAGUUUCACCUUUUUGUCAAGACAGGCUAUUUCCAAAACGAGCCAGUGGUACCACUAAUGCUAGCCUUAAUGUAGCUGGGAGUCGGGUGAGAAAGAAAACACACUGGGGCUUUGGGAGGGAAGUGUGUGGUCACUAAAAAUGGGUCAGUGAAAAAAAAAAGAAAAGGAGGGGGGGAAGUGAUUGAAUCUGACAGGGUAGAUAUUUAGCUGUAAUAAGAAACAUAAUCUAAUCAUUCAAGUGAGAGAGAAAGGGCCAUUAUCAUACUUUUAAUUUGGCGGUUAUACAGGAGAAAAAAAAUAAAAAGGCAAGCUGGAAUUGCAGGGACGUGCAAAGAAGAAACAGUGAUGCAUUCAGUAGGUUUUAAAAAGUGUCCUGCAAGGACAAUUCGUGAAGCAAUGCACUUGCUGGGAAAGGUGUUGUAGACAUUUCACUACACUGCACAAAGGGAUUUUUUUACCUAAACCACAUCUGCUAGUUUUAGUAACACCUUUAUCUUGGAGCUCUUGCCUCUUCAUGUGCAUAUAAUAGUUCUGUAGAUAGCUGUGUGUUCAGGCUGCAGUUUCACAGUUCAUUUCAGCAAGUGGGGUCUCAUGUGUGUAAAUGAGCACUGAAUUUGACCCUGCCUUUCAGAGCUCAGUCUGUGGCAAGGAGCUGGUCUCCUCACUGAAUUACUGUAACCCUGUCCCUUGUCAGUAUUUUCCCUGUCACUGGGAAGGUGGGCGGAGCUGUGGAGAAGACUUGGUUAAAAAAGUUCUUUAGCAAAGAUAACAGCAGGCAGAUGCUUUCUUCAUGAUUCAGCAUUGCUAGAUAAGUAUUGUUCAGUGACACAGAAGCUUCCUUUAAAAAUUACUUAUAGCAGCAUUCCUGAACAGUAACAUACAUGUUUCGAACACGGAAAAAUCUCUUUUCCUUGAUGAAUUCUUCACUAUAAACCCUGCAAACUGAAUGCAAACCUAGGAUGACAUACUGAUCUUAAGAAAAACCUGGUAACAAAAACUAAAAUUGCUUCCUUUCCUAGUAAACAAAAUAGUGUAUAUGCCCAAAUGAUUUUUAGCUAUAGAAAUAAAUGGGUUGCUCAAUACUAGUUGCACUAGCACUUAAGGUUGCAAUUAUAUGCUGUUUUAUAUGUAUUAUAGAUAUGCCAUGGUACUUGAAAGCUAAAGAAACCAUUGACAUAGAUUUGUACUAAAAACAUAAAAACAAUAUCUGUAGUUUAAAUAUAUUUAAUAUUUAUUUAUUUAUUUUUAUUUACAUGGGAAUAAUGUAAAACAAUUACCUGUAAAGACAAAUUGGGAAUACCAGUAUGUCAGAAACUGAAGUUGUAGAAAAAAAAGCUGAUGUACAUGCACUGCCAAACAAUGCAGUCUCUCUUCCUGCAUUCUCAGCUGGAGGAAAUUACAAUUUCUUUAUUUUUAAUGCCUAAUGGAUUAAAGUUCCCAUUUCAUUUCAGUGGGCUUUGAUCAGGCUAUAAGUUGGAGCAGGGUCUUGAAAUCCCUCCACAUUUUAAUAUAAUAAUCCCAUUCCUGCUCUUGCCAUUGUAAUUUUAAUGAGAUGGCUUGCACGACUAUGAGCUGCAGAUAAGAAUUUCUCUUAUUUAGUGUUGCCCUGUGCAGCUCUAAUUAAUUACUUAAUCAUAAAAAUAGCCAUAUUUCAUUAGUGAAUAAAGCAAUGCAGUUCUAUAUCAGUUUGUCAAGAAUUUAGGUAUCUUUUAGCAAAUGGAAAUGUUACAACUCAAUAUACAUUUGCUACAUGGGUUAAAAGGCCUUUUAAGAAAGCCAUAAAUGUCACUUAGUUGGUUACUCUGAGCACUAUGUGUGCACAUAGAAGGAUGAAUUCCACAGGGAGGUGUAUACACAUGAGGCUGAAUGAAAAAGUCAGUGGAGAUGUGUGUAAGCUCUGCCCAGCAACGUUGAAAUGCUCCUGUUAGAUCAGAGCUAAGUCAGUUGUGGGUAGUCAAGAUCCCAUCUCCAUUAGGAUGUUUAUCUAGUUGCUUCCUGUAAUGCAUAUGGCUCAUGUAUUUCAUAACUGGAAUCUUUUAAACAAAUGUUUUGGAAAGGCAAAAGUUUGCCUAUCCACUUUUUCAAUGUGAUCAGUAACUUUUCAGUCUCAGUUUUUAUUGUAGGUUAAUGUCAUUCAGCUCAAGCAUUUGUGCCACAGUAUUUAAAUAGCCACUGUGACUGUGUUCUGUCUUACUCUAAGCCAGAGAAAUAGGUUUUGCUGUGAUCUAGACUGAAACUUUUGCAAUCCUUCAUUUAUUGCUAACCCUUUUAUUCAGAGAUACAAACGUAGACCAAAAGCAUCUAGUGUUUUGAUAACUACACCCUAAAAAACUCCUAAAAACCCCCUAAACAACUCCAAACUUAAGCCUUAAUGGAAUCUACACAUAUCAGAAUACUAAUCAUGACCUUUUGAUUUUGUGCCCAAUGCCUACUUUUUAAUUAUCAGUGGACCACAACAUUUAAUUGUUUCCAGUUAGUUAUUUCUCAGGAGAUGCUUGAGAAUGAAAACCAUUGCCAAAACCUCAAUAUAUCUAGAGCAUGAUAAAUCAAUAACUUGGAUUCUGACCAAGUUACAAGUGCUGAUACCAUAACACAUACCACGUGUUAAAAUUCACUAUAAUAGCAGUAGGUAAAAUCACCCUGUUUUAUUAUACUUUACUUGCAAUGGUCAAGUUUGCAUUUAUCUUUAAAUGUGAUUCUUCAUAGAUGGCAGGAAAUAAACAUUAAGAACUCAGAGUCAGUUUUUUAGUGGUUUUUCCCCUGUGUCCCUUUGCAGAAUUAAUUCUUUCCAAGUUGUGUUCAGAGGAGACUCUGAUCUGCUCUGUUUUGUGUUCAACAGCACCUUCAAAACAGAUCUUUCUCCACAGCUGUUCUCCAUAUAUAAAGCUGUGUGUUUGGCUUCAUUUGAUACUAAUCUGUCAAGAAAGAAAAUAGUUACUUGAGUAAGAGUUAGUCCAUUCAACAAUUAAAAACCAAACAAAAAAACCACAAAAAACCCAAAACAAACAAACAAACAACCAAAAAAAACCACCCAAAACAAAAAACUGCCUGGUUUUUGAAAUCUAGGUCCCAAACAUGUCUCUGCAGGUUAUACAAGCUGGUCACUGACUUCAGCAAGGGCAGCACACAAAUAUCCAAUCACAUGGUGUACAUCUGGUAAAAAUUUUGGAACAUGAUUAUUCAUCUCUUUCAUCAGACAUGGCAGUUUGAGCUCAUUCUUAGAGCUUUGUGGCUUUUCUUACCUGACCUGGCUGGGUUAAGGUGGCUACUAGAUGUGCAGAGUCACAGCUUCUGAACACAGUGUAAAUACACCCUAGGGCUCGUUAGAAAAUCCCAGUCAUUAAACCAGCAAGUUUUUUUUUCAUCUUUUCCCUCCUUUUUAUUGCCUACCUUGAUUUUAUUUUUUGUACUAUAUAUGCUGUUACAUACAUGCUGUUGCAACCUUUAUUUGUUGCUUUUAAGACAAAGACAGGAAAGUAACCUGAGCGGAGCUGUCGGCACUUUUUGGUGUAAUAAAAAAUAAGGUUCUCUGUGCUCCCUUCUUCCUGUUUGGAGAAAACGAUCAUGCAACCUUUUGCUAGACAUUCUCCAUGGGAUGCUGUCCCCUUCUGCUCCUGAAUUGGACCCCAGUAGACUGAAAAUGUGUAUUCCUGAACAGAUUCUGCCAUGGUGCUGUGACAAAGGACUGUGUUACUGGAAACUCGAGAGGCCUCUUGAAAAGUGCAAAACACAAGUAACUACGUCAUGUUUGCACAUUAGUUUCUUGACUGUGUUUAGUUUCUAAAGUAGGCAAUAGGAAUUUAAGUGAUAUAAUAGUAUUUCUGAAUAUGGUGUUAAAGCAAAGAGGAUGCAUUGUGUGGGUAGUGGUGCUUAUUUGUGAUGUACCUGUGUUUGUGUGGUGCUGUUUGUGAGUAAAGCUGUAGAUUACACAUCAGUUUAAGGAGCUGUAUGCUGUUCAUGACUUUUGGUCUGUCACCCAUAGAUUACUGUCAGGGAAUAAUUUUGAGGGAAGCUAGAUCUGUAAUGUCCAGAUUUGUUGAUUUCAGGAUUCACAGAACCAGAUGCAAUAAGUUUUAUCAACUAUAAAGUUCUAACAAAUAUAUAUUCAUUUUUUACCUGCUACUCACAACUUCUUAUCAUAACAACGUGUUCAUUUUGUGCCACUGCUUUCAAUGCUUUCAAUAUCUGCUUUGUUUGCAUCAUUGUUGCCUUUGGUUUCCCUGCCUUUCUUUCCCAACCUAUGAAUGAAUAACUAGAGAAGGCUGAAGAAGCAGCCCAGGUCUUUUGUUCUUGAAAAUAAGAUUGAUUAAUUUUGCUUAAGCAGGGUGUUCCACUAACUUGCCUUACAUUGUUUUAUGCUUCCAAGUGGUCUUCUUACUGGCUUUGCCAUUUCUCAACUGCUAAGGAAAGUCAUUAUACUGUGUAACAACUGUCACUGAUGUUUUACAUCAUUAAAUAAAACAGAGACUUUCUUGGGAGCAUUGUCACUUCUCUAGUAUCUCAAUUCUAUUAUGACAAUCAAAACCAAGUAAAAUGGCUUAACAUUCAAAAAAACACUGUUAAUUAGUUCUGAGAAAUAUACAUAAAAAAAUGCAAGUAAAGUGGUCACCCUUAUUGCUACUCUAUCAGAUUAAUGCCAUUUUGACGUUGUGACACUAAUUAUAUAUGGACAUGUAAACAAUAUGAGAAUACUGAAUGUUUUUUUAAAUACUGUGGAAAAAAUUGAGAUGUAGGUACUGAUGUAUUCAGCAGCAUACAGGGGCAAUAUGUGCAAAUGGAAACUUUGAUAAGCAAUCAGCUUUUUGUACUUACAUAGUUAUCUGCAUAUACAGUUACAGCAUCUGCCAACAUAUUGCAUGUUUUAUGCCAACAGUGACCUAUUUUAGUGUGUGCAUGCAUUUUGAGAAUGUACCCUUUUUCUUUGGAUCUCUGAGGUCUGCCAAGUAAAUCUCAGGUGCAGUAAUCUUCUCCUGCAUACCUUGAAUAUUCACUGGCAUGAGUGCAUAUUCUAAUCUGUAGGAAGAUUAGCAUAUCAGGAAUAAGAAUUGCCCUAGAGAUUUUUUUGAAGAGUAAUCUUGACGUGGAGAACUGCACUAAUGAACAAUUGCUGGCCAGCAGCUCAGCCUGGACAUUUCAGUUUAUGUAAUUAUGUCCUGGACAAAGUAGUAAGCAGCAGAAAGCUAAAUUGAAAAGAAAUAAGAAAAUGACCAAAAAUCACACUACUAGGGGAACAACAGACUUCAAAGCCAUAAGCCAAAACCACUCAGGGCCCACACAAAACAAUACAGCAAUUUAGGGAUGUGAAUAGGCAUUUUCCUAGAGAAUAGCACAGUGUGCUUCAUUGCACAGGUCGUGGUACAGCGUUCACUGUGCAGGUUUCAGCUGCCUUGAACAGCACUUCAUUGCCAUUAUAGCAAAGUCAUCAUGUGCUGAAAAAAGUUUGCUGUGAGGGAGUUGCCUGUAGCUGAACCUACAGCCUACUGGAACAGAAGUGAUGUACACUAUUGAUGCUGAGGCAGUUUAAAAAAAAUGCAUUCAAGAAGCCAACAAGCACCAACUUUUCAACCUGCCUUUGAAUUACUAAACCUCCUGAGUAAUUUGUAUUGUCACCGUUGGUCCUGUACCCUUUAUAUUUAAAAUUCUAUAUCAUGCUCUCAAAAAAAAAAAGAAAAUCAGUUUUUAAAUAGCAAUCUGCUUGAAAAUAUGUAAGGCCAUACUUAUUGUUGAUACUUAGAAGGUUGUAUUUUGGAAAGUCCCUUGACUUUGUUCAUUGCAUGAGUCAACGAGAAGGUGGAGGCAUUUAGCUCAAGUACAGCAAUACUAACUAGAACGGCAGCAAAAUAAAUAAAAACUCAUUUUGCCAAAUGGUAUAAUGAUAUUUGAAUAAAAGAUACUUUAUAGUGCAGUGAUGUUCAGCAACAGCACUGCAUGACUAUAUGUGCAUAGUCCAGAGAAAAUGUUAUAUAGAAGUCCUGAAGUCAAUUAUAUUCUAUAGGGAAUGGAAAACUGAUCCUAGUCAAACAUACAUUUCUACUUCAGAUAGAAGAGGAAGGCUGUCUGACCAGAAAUUAAACUCUGCUUCUGUCUUCAUUACCAUGACCACACAUGAGAGAAGAAAAGAUUUCCUCUAACAAUGGUCUGAUUUUGCCACUGGUUCAGCCUCCUGCACUCGUUUUAAGGGCCUGAUAUGCCACCUGCUGAUGUCAGUGGUGGACCUCCACUUGAUUCCAGGCAUGCAAGGUAGGUCCUUCCACAUGUGUGAAACAGAGGCUAAACUAUUAUUCCGGACCCCAAGCCUACAAACUUUCCUUUACACGAGUCCCAUGGAAUUAGUAAGGCUUGUUUGUAUAGUAUGAGGAAAGCACAGAUGUUUGCAUAUGCAGGGCCCUAUUUGAUAGCAGUUUUAUACACGUUUUCUCUCAAUAUCUCUGCAAUAUACAUGAAUGCCAAUACCAGUGAAAAGUACAGGGAACUUAAAUGGCAUUAUUUCAUGUCUAAUUUGUGUUGGUGACACUUGAUUAUUCAGUAUAUUCCAGCGUGUGAUAUUCAUUCCUUGAGUACGUGCCACACCCUAGAUUGGUUUCUCAGUGUUACAGCCAUUCACAGCCAUGAUGUGGUACAGGCCCGUAGAAUCAACUGAUUUGAUUCUUUAGAUAUGCACCUUAUUGUUUAAAAGCAGGACCCCUGCCCUGCUUUUCCAAUAUUUUAAACACUGUGAUCUUUCAGAAUGUGUUUAUUGUAUUAGUUUUGUAUUGUAGAUUAUGAUAGAAACUAGAUUUUAUAGCUUUUUAAAAGCAGUGAUAAUGUUAAGCUUCCUAGUGGCAGAACAAUCUCUUGUGUAUAUCCAUAUUAUGAAUAUUAAAGCUGUGAUUAUAUUUUGCCUUAAAUAAAAGUCCAACCUUGAACAGUA